AUGUGGACGUUUCUUCUCGUGUUCGUGGCUGUGAUCGCCUGGCCGGCCUCAACACAAGGUUACGACUACUUUAAAGUUCCCGCCACUGGGCAGAUGAGCAGCGCGAAUGUCAAGGUUACUUGUGAACGAGCUGGUUACGUCACACCGUGUCCCGGGGACGAGAACUGCCGGCACUCGACAGACGACUGUGUCCAGACCGGGCUUACUGAUUGCUUCCAGCCGAUGCAGGACGUGUCCCAAGUUCUGUGUGGUGACCAUCCACGGCGGUGUCCUGCGCUGGACGGAGUGUACAGCUUCAUGGCCACCGACUGGCGGUCUGGCUCUGCCUGUGGUGUGGAGGGUAGCAGCUGGUACACGGAGGGGAAUGACUACUAUGACCGCUUCGCCUUCUGCGCUCGAGGCACAGAUAACGACUGUGCAUCCUCCCCAUGUGCACACGGAACCUGUACUGACGGCGUGGCGAGUUACACCUGUAGCUGUGAGAACGGCUGGACAGGGAACAACUGUGAUCAAGUGUCUUUUAGCGGAGAAUGCUACGCAUUUUCGUCCACCGCUCUGUCCCACCAAGACUCGGCACUCGCCUGCAGUGCCAAUGGCGGCCGCUUGGUGGACGUGAGAAACCAAGACCAACAACGUUUUCUCGCUGACACCAUAGCGGCCUCUUCUGGCGAUUCCAACUGGCUCGCCAUGAAAACUGCACCGGCAGAAAUUCUCAACAGCGACGGAACUCCGUUUUCAGGACAACUUCAGUGGUCUUCCAGUGAACCUGCCGAACCGUGUGACCUGUGUGUUCUCCUGGACAGCUCCGACAACUAUCUGGCCAAGACGGCACCGUGCACGGAGCAGCACAACUACGUCUGUCAGGACGCUCAGGUAUCGUGUGAACCAAACGUGUGUCAGAACGGCGGAAACUGCACCUCCUGCUUCAACGGGUCUACGAUCCUAUGCCAGUGUUCUGAAGGGUUCGAGGGCGAGUUCUGUGAAACAAACAUCGACGAGUGCGCCUCCAAUCCGUGCCACCAUAACGGAACCUGUCAGGACGGCAUCAACUCCUACAGCUGCAGCUGCCCAACCGGGUUCCAUGGAGGCCACUGCGAAUUCGACACGGACUGGUGCACCCAUCCUGAGGUCCAGUGUCCGUUCGGCUGGUCCUGCCGAGAUGACAUUUCCUCCUUCGAAUGUUACGAUCCGAACCCCAUCGUCCGAAGGAGCGCCUACUCGUGCAGCAGCGCCUCCUGUCCGGUGGGCAUGUACUGCAGGGAGAGGGGGGCGGCAUCUUUCUCCUGCAGCGCAGAGUGACGUCAGAGCCGGGACCUUCCAGGCGCCACAAGCGGC